AUGGGCAUUAAAGUGAUUAUUUUAACUGUAGCAUUGCUUUCUCUAAGCAAUUGCUUCUUCCCUACAAAAACUCCUAUAGACUUAAAUCAUCUUCCUGCUCUCACAAAUAUGACCUUUCCUGAAGCUAUGAAUUACUUAAAUUACCCUGUAGAAACUCACUAUAUCACUACUCAAGAUGGAUAUAUCCUAACUUUCUUUAGAAUUCAAGCCAAGAAUACUACUAUUAAGAGCGGAUUACCUGUUGUUUACUUCUAACAUGGACUUGAAGAUAGCUCAGAUACCAUAUGCUUAAAUGAUGAAGAAAAUGCUCCAGGUUUAUUGAUUGCUAAUGAAGGUUAUGACUUAUGGUUGGGUAAUAGUAGAGGUAACAGAUAUAGUUUAAAUCAUACUAAAUACACUACUUCUGAUAAAUAAUUUUGGUAAUUCACUUUCUAACACAUGGGUGAAUAUGAUGUCCCAGCUGCUUUUGAGUAUAUUUCAAAGGCUACUAAUCAAAAAAUUAACUAUAUUGGACACUCUUAAGGUACUAUUCAAAUGUUUGUCGCUUUGUCUAGACAUGAAAAGAAAGUCUUAAACAAUUUAAAGAGUUAUAUUGCUCUUGGACCUGUAGCUUGGGUUGGUUAAAUUAAAUCAGUUCUUUUACGUUCUAUGGGUGAAAGUAAGCCAUUAAUUGACGCAAUUAUUGCUACUGGAAUUUAGCAAUUCCUCCCUUAUAAGUAAGAAGAAGUCUUACCUUUACUUUGCACAUAUGUUCCUCAAUUAUGUGGUUUAACUUUAGAAGCCUUAAUGGAUAUGAAUGACUCUUAUGAUAACUUAAAGAGAAUGAACAUUUUUGUUGGCCAUCUUCCAGCAGGCACUUCUACCUUAAAUAUGAGACAUUGGGCAUAGAACAUCCGUAGUAAGGAAUACAGAUACUUCGAUUAUGGAACAGCAGGAAAUUAUUUACAUUAUGGAUAAGCCAAAGCACCUAAAAUUGAAGUUGAAAAAAUUAAUGUACCUGUCCAUUUAUUUGUUGGCCAAACUGAUGAACUCGCUGAUGUUAGUGAUGUUGAAAUUCUUAGACAAAAUCUCAUAGGUUCUCCUAAUGUAACAUACAAUUUAUAUCCUUUCGGACAUGCUUCUUUCUUGAUUGGCAAAAAUGUGACAUUCAUGAAUGAUGUAUUCGCUGUCCUUAAUGACUAUAAUCAAAAGGAAACCAAAAUUUAAUUCUGA